AUGGAGCCACAGCGAUCUACAAAGGCCAAGCUUGAUGAUGGGGUGCAUCGAUUCUUGGACGAGUACUUCAAGUUGUCCGAUAUCCGGGAACGUACAGCGGAAUACGUCAACAUGUUCACCGAGGAUGCGGCCUUUGUCCUAGACUCGCAGCCAUGCAAGGGGAAAGCAGAAAUCACUACCGCGAUGGAGGCCCUGUGGGCGACUAUUUCGUGGCGUAAGCACACGAUACGCGACGCAUCCCCAUACGGUAACAACCCCGACCAGGUCGAGAUCCACGGGUCCGUAGAUCUAGGGUUGCUAGACGGACAAACCAAGACUCUUGUCUUUUCCUCGAGAGGACAUUUGACUCCGGUCGAGUCUGAGUGGGGAUACAAGUGGGAUUCUUAUCAGGUCUUUAUUUCAAUCUAUCAUCAAGAGCCAAGACACAUUGUGCACUGCUCGCCAACUAGUCCCAUCGUCAAUGACGACGCUCCUCCAACACUCAAGACAUACCCUCCAACUUCCCCUCAACUCUCGGACCCCGAGACGAGUCCGGCUCGUGUCUCGGUUAUCUCCAACUUUUUAAGCAUGAUGUGA